AUGUUACUCAUAAAGCAGCCACAUCAUGUUGGACUAUCUUUUUGCGUACGUCUAUUCAGCAAUUCUCCAUGUGUUCAGUUUUCUCCGUCGCUAAGCAAUAUCAAAUGGAAACCAACCACCACACCCGCCACUUCCACUUCCACCUCCACGUCAUCGCACCCUCCAUAUAAAAGAUUUAAUAAAUUAAAGAAACUAUCUCGUAAAGAGGAGGCAGAACAACAGAGGAUAGCUUCACGCAAUAGGCUCGAACAUUUGGACUUGAAGUACCACAUAAUCACUCCGUCUACAAAGAAGAUUUUGGAUAUUGGAUUUGCACCAGGACAUUGGAUGUCAUACCUCGUUGACCGAGUUUGUCAAAUACACAAUGUGGAGGACGCAAAAUUACACACCAUCGGUGUACAUGUCCUCGGAUUUGAUAUAUUAUUUAAGAAUCCACCUUUGGGAACGAGUUCAAUCCAAGGUAAUAUUUUUUCCAAACUAAGUCAUCAAAAUGUCAUGCAACAUUUUCAAGAAAUUGCCAGUAAACAAAAACAACAUCAAUUUCACAGUGAGGUUAAUGAUGAAAUUAAUCACAAGUCGUAUUUUGCUCAAGAAAUUGAUGAGUCAUUAUUGACAAAAAGUAUGGGGGAAUUGUCAAUAUCGGAAAGAACAAAAUCGGUCUCAUUAGAAAAUAAUUGGAAGGUGGAUUUAGUCAUUAGUGAUUUAGCACGUCCAGGUAGACAACAAAGUGGCUUUUAUGACUAUACUGAAACUAAUCCUUAUCUAAGGUACAACAACAAUAAGGGAUUAAAUCAUUCUAUAGUCAAUCCGAAAAAGGGGAAUUUGGAUUUAGCAGAUGGAGCGGUAAUGCUCAUGCUAAAGACAUUGAAACAAGGUGGCAAGUUCAUCUUGAAAUUAACAAGUAUUGACAAUGAAGAUGAGGAGAUUAUAAUUAUGAAGAGGAAACUACUGUCAAUUUUUGUUAAAGUGCAUGAAAUUAACUUAAUGCGAGAUUGUAUCUUCAUUUGUCUCGAUAAAAGAGAAGCAUGA